AUGCGAUUUCGUUUUUGUGGUGGUGAAGAUUGUGCUGAUUGGAUAUUGGCAGAAAUAUUUACAUUAUCAAAAUUAAGUUCAGUUAAAUUAAAAUUAUUAUGUCAACAAGUAAUGCAAGCAAUUUUAACAGAUAAUUUAAAUUUCAGUGAAGCUCAAAAAUUAGUUGGCGAUAAAUUUGAAAGUGGUGAUUUGAAAGCAUCGAUACGUGCUUUGCAAUAUAUUCUUACUAUGUCAGCAAAACAUUCCGUUGAUGGGCAAUCAUUAUUAAAUGAACUUAUACAACUUGGUCUUCCUAAAGAACAUGCCAAUGCUUUAGUGAAAGUAUAUGAUGAAAAUUUUGAAAAAUUAAUCGAUAAAUUACGAUCAUCUGUUAUGCGGUUGACGAAAAUGAAUGAUAUUCAAUGGAAUUUAUUUGAUAUACAAACAACUAAUAAUUUACAUGAUAUGCAUUUACCUGUUGUAACAAUGAAUUUAAAUUAUAAUGAUAAUAUAGAGAAUCAAUCGAAAUCAAUUUCAUUUUCCAUGAAUCCAGAACAAUUUGCUGUUUUAUUAGCUGAAUCCAGUGAAACUUUUCGACUUUUUUCUUCGGAUACUGGAACAUACAAAGAAGCACGUCCAUUUUUUAUUUCAACAAAAAAUCUUAUUAAUGACUAUUUUGAUGGAAAUUUGGCACCUGUUUUUCAAACAAUCAAUUCUCAUACAUUUGUUUUUGUUAUGUACUAUGCACAUUUCUGUGGUAUUAGUCGACGAAUGCGUGAACCAUUUGAGAAAGCAGCUGCUUUCUAUCGAGAACGUAUUCCACAUGGUAAUAUUACAUUAGAUAAAUUUCAUGUUAAAUUUGUUGCAGUUGAUUGUUUUUACCAUGCUGGUCAAUGUCGAAAAUCUUAUAAACUUGAUUAUUAUCCUCAUAUGUAUUUAUAUGUAAAAGGUACACGAGGUUAUCAAUAUUUUGGACCAACUAUAACAUCAAAUCUUAUUGAAUUUAUUGAAAAAAUUCGAAUGCCUAUAAUAAGACUAACAAAUGUAGAUGAAUUUUUUGAUUUUAUUGUUCAACAUGAAUCCAAUGUUUUAGCUCAUUUUGAUUUUUCUAAUAAUUUACAAAGACAAUAUUAUUCAUUUUUUGUUCAAGCAGCUCUUAAACAUAUUGAAUAUGAUAAUGAACAUCCAAUCCGUUUUGCUGUUAUUCUUAAUCAAACCGUUGUUGAAGAAUUAUCUAAUUUAUCUAAUACUACUUUUCCAAAGUCAUUUGUUAUUUUAAAUCGAUUAAAUUCAACACCACAGAUAUUUCCAAACCUAACAAAUAAUUUUACAAUCGAAAAUCUUUUUCAAUGGAUUGUUAAUGAACCUAAACAACCAUAUGUCGGUUGGAUUGUUCCAAAAAAUCGUUAUUAUUCUCGAAGUCCAUCAAUUGAUAAAGCAACUGUAUUCGAUGCAUUGACAAACCAUGAUAAUCUUCUUAUCUUUCAUACUUCAAGCAAAUUAGAUGAGUUAAAGUUGCGAUAUGUUUAUUUCUAUCUUUCUAUUUGUAACACAACUCAUUCUUCUUUUUGGUUAAGACAAAUUGAAAAACUAUAUAAUCAAUCAUUAAUCGAUCUAAACAAGAAUAUCAGUAAAACACAACAUGAUCUUCUUUCAUCAUGCUGUCAACAUAUCUUAAAUCAAAUAUCUUCAACUGAUAUAUAUCAUCUAUGUUUAUUAAAUCAACAACUACCAUUAUUUAACUUUUCUGAAACAACAACAAAAGCAUGUUUACCUAUAUUAAAUAAUAUUCAAUUACAAAAAAUUUGUUAUCGAGAUUAUUGUCAUCAAUGGUUAAAAACAUAUGCAUCAAUAUAUCAACAAAAAUUACAUUCAAAUCACAGGACUAUUUUACAAAAACGACAAGAUAAAUUCUAUGAUCAAUCUAUUGAAAUAGAAAAUCAAUUUUUUAUUGAUAAUAAUAAUUCAAUUGAGAAAUUUAAAGGAUUAUUAUGUCAAAUUAAUUCAACAUGGGCAUUUCGAUUAAUUGAUUCAAAAUAUUAUCCAAAUUUUGGACGAAAUAUUGGUAUUAUGAAUAAUUCAAGAGCUAUUAUUGUAUUACAAACCAAAAAUGAACAACAUUAUAUUUUAAAUAAUAAUGAAAUCACAAUUGAAAAUAUCUAUAAUCUCAUUUAUAAUGUAUCGCAUAAUUUACAAUCUCGUUCAUUAGCUACAAGUCCAAUUAAUAAUAUAAGCACAGAACAUUCCAAUAGAUUUAUUGAACUUACUACCGAUACUUUUCAUUCCAUUGUUUUGAAUACUGAUAAAAAUGUACUUGUUGUUUAUUAUACAAAAUGGUGUGGAUUUUGUCAAUCAAUAUGGCCAAUAUUAUAUCAAACAAAAAAAUUCUUUAGUAAAUUCAAUGAUCUUAUUUUUACUAGAAUUCAAGCUGACAAACAUGAUCUUCCGUGGCAUUUGACAGUAUACAAUUAUCCAACAUUAAUUUUGUUCCCUGCAGAGAACAAAAAACAUUCAAUUGUUUUUCCGACAUCAACAGAAUCGAUCACGAGUGUUAGCAUAAUAAAAUUUCUUCUUUAUCAUCUUUAUAUUGAUGACAAUAUCAAUGAACAAUGGUGUAGACAUUCAAAUAAUAGUUUUUUAUCAAUGUUAUCAUCAACUUAUAUUGACUUUUCUCAAUUAUCUUAUUUAGUAAAAUCAUUUUCUUGA